AUGGUUCAACAGGCUGACAGGGUUAUCCCGAGUAGGGAUGAGUCUGAGGUACAAGGCAGUAGAGUGAAAGGUCUCCUCGUAUCGAAGCGUACUAGCAAUGACUGCAUCAACUCUUACAAUGAUUUAGUUCAACAGGUUGACAGGGUUAACCCGAGUAGGGGUGGGUCUGCGGUACAGGGCAGUGGUGUGGAAGAUUACACCGUGUCGAAGAGCACUAGCAAUGACUGCACCUACUUUUAUAAUGAUAUGGUUCAGCAGAUUGACUCGCUCACUCAAGGCUCUGUAUUGGCGACCAGCCCAUCUCAAAUCCCCACCGACACCUCGCGUCCGCUUGCACGAGCCACGACGGAUACCCCACUGGCUCGCACACACUCGAACCGCCGCAUCCGAGACGCCAGCAUCCAUUCUCUCGAACGUUCCGAUUCCUUCGUAAAAAUCACACUGGACGACGACCAUGAGAGGACGAGCACGGUGGCGGAUGUGUAUGCUGGAUUGUGCCGAUCACAGUCCAACACUGUCAGACAAUCGACUUUUGCACGCGGUUCCGGUAUAGCACUGCCAGCGUCAUCGUUGCGGCCAGAGCUAGGACCAGAACCAGCUUCUCACACAAAGCAGAGUCGAUCUAGUAGUCUCUACAGGACGGGCUCUGAUAGCUUGAGCCCUGCCAUGCCCCGUGCACUAAGCAGUGGCGAUAUGUGCCCGGUAGGAAUUUAUGCUUUUCGGCUGGUGCAUUGUCGGAAAUAG